CGUGGCAUUCUUGUUUUCUGGUUUAGGAGUUCUUGACUUCCUUGAUGGGUUUCUUUACUCAUUCUUGAUUCCUUGGUUUGACAGCACCUCUCUCUCUCUCUGUUACUGAAACGGCUAGUCCAGUGCCAAACAGCGACUGCAAAGCACUUUACUUUUCCGCAGGAUCGUUCCUCUUCCAAGAACCCAGAAGCGAGAAGAGCCAUCUCUGCAGGCUCCAUCGAAGGGUUUACCUGGGCAAGGCCGGAAGCGAGGAAAAAGGCGCGAAAUUUGAGCCCCGGGGAUGGACGACGACGAUUGGGAUUUGAGCGCCGAGGACUUGGAUUCCCUCGAACGCGACGCGCUCCAGCAGCUCUCCCGCCCCCGCGACUUCCCUGGGAGCCAGCCCCGAUCCCCCGUUCCCGCCCCGAGCAGCGCCGGCUGGAACAGCACCCGGGUCGUUCCCGAUUCUUGGCCAUACAAGGGUGAAGACUUGCCGGCCCCGUCUAGAGCAUGUGCUGAUGAACUCGGGAAGGAGCUGCUGCCGAAGUCGUCUGUUAAGUUUUAUCUUCAUUCCAGUGGGAAUGUGGCUGCAAAGUUCCAAUAUGACCAGGUUAUUGUUGCCGCUUUCCGCAAGAUCCCUAAAGCCAGUUGGAAUGCAAAAGAAAGAAUUUGGAUGUUCCCACUGUCUUCUUUGCCAUCAAAAAAAGUCCUUGCUGAAGAACGUGGCUGUAGAAUUGAGAUAGUGAACUUGGAUCCCUUGGUAUGCCGAGCUAUUGCUGCUGCAUCUGCUCUCCCGGAUCUACAAGACCGAUAUGGCAGUAUGCCUAGUGAUGUUGAAUCAAAGCUUCUUCCAUUUCAGCGGGAUGGCGUUAGGUUUGUCUUGCAGCAUGGAAUUCGCGUACUGAUAGCCGAUGAAAUGGGACUGGGAAAGACUUUACAAGCAAUUGCUGUUGCUACGUGCGUUCGUGAUUCAUGGCCUGUUCUUGUGCUCACACCAUCUUCCUUGCGUUUGCAUUGGGCUACAAUGAUUCAGCAAUGGCUAAAUAUACCUUCGUCAGACAUACUUGUUCUUUUAUCUCAAUGUAAAGGGUCAAACAGAAGCGGAUUUAGGAUAGUGGCCUCAAACACCAAGAGCAGUGUACAUCUUGAUGGCCUUUUUAACAUAAUUUCUUAUGAUGUUGUCCCAAAGCUACAGAAUGUGCUAAUGUCAUCAGAUUUCAAGCUUGUGAUUGCAGAUGAAUCACAUUUCCUGAAAAAUGCACAAGCUAAGAGGACGACUGCUACCCUUCCUGUCAUAAAGAAGGCUCAAUAUGCAAUGUUGCUAAGUGGAACUCCUGCCUUGUCUAGACCAAUUGAGCUUCACAAACAGCUGGAGGCCCUCUAUCCAGAUGUUUACAAAAAUGUUCAUGAAUAUGGUCAAAGAUAUUGCAAGGGUGGAUUUUUUGGUGUUUAUCAAGGUGCCAGUAACCAUGAAGAAUUGCACAAUCUGAUGAAGGCAACUGUUAUGAUCCGAAGGCUUAAAAGGGAAGUCCUUACGCAGCUCCCAGUUAAACGCAGGCAACAGGUUUUCCUUGAUUUGGCUGAUAAGGACAUGAAAAGGAUCAAUGCUUUGUUUCGUGAGUUAAAGGGGAUAAAAGAAAGAAUCAAGGCCUGCACAUCAAAAGAAGAGGCCGAAUCGCUCAAAUUUUCUGAGAAGAACCUGAUUAACAAGAUAUACACCGAUUCUGCUGAAGCCAAAAUCCCAGCUGUUCUAGACUACUUAGAAACAGUUGUUGAGGCGGGCUGCAAGUUUCUCAUUUUUGCGCAUCACCAGCCAAUGAUGGACGCGAUACAUGAAUUUCUUCUUAAGAAGAAAGUUGGUUCCAUACGGAUUGAUGGCAGUACACCCGCAGUGGCAAGGCAAGCUUUGGUUACUGAUUUCCAAGAGAAAGAUGCAAUAAAGGCAGCAGUGCUAUCAAUCAGAGCUGGAGGUGUUGGUCUGACCUUAACAGCUGCAAGCACUGUUAUAUUUGCAGAGCUAUCGUGGACACCGGGUGAUCUGAUCCAAGCUGAAGAUCGUGCUCACAGGAUUGGUCAGGUAUCUUCAGUCAAUAUAUAUUACCUGCUGGCAAAUGACACUGUUGAUGACAUAAUAUGGGAUGUUGUCCAGAACAAGUUGGAAAAUUUGGGUCAGGUGCUUGAUGGCCAUGAAAAUACAUUGGAAGUCUCAGCCAGCCAACCAACUAGAAACAGCCCUGCAAAGCAAAAAACGUUUAAUAGCCCUGGCAAACAGCAUACACUUAAUAGCCCUGGGAAGCAGCAAACAUUUAAUAGCCCUGGCAAGCAGACAACACUCGACUCGUUCGUGAAGCGUUGCAAUAGUGGUGACCCCUCUGAACAUCAGCCCAAGCUGAAAUUUCCCAGGCAUUGAAAGCUAAAGCCCCCUUAAAGCUAUAACCAUGCUUAGGCUCGACAACCUGUUCAUUGGAAGGCGAAAAUAGUGGAUGUACUAGCAUAUGGAAGGGUUUAGAUGCGUGAGCGAGAA